CAGGGCCAGCCCAUGGCUAGGGCUGGUCCUCUCCACCCCAUCUGGGUUGGACUCUGGGGUCACUCUUCUCUGAAGCUGCCCACUGAUCAGGAGCUGGGGAGCAGGUUUGGCGCUGGGCAGGGAACUGACCCGGGACCCCCGGCAUUGGUUCAGCAGGUCAAGGCGGACAGCGACGCCCAGAUGGCAGCCCGGCUGACCCCGCUGCUGACCCUUCUGCUGCUCUUUCUAGUAGCCCGGGCCGAUGUGGACCAUGGUGGCAGAGAGAAGGAGCAGACAAAUAAGAAUGGUAUAUCAUUGACCCAGCCAAGUGGAAAGAAUGAAUCAGAGACUGAUUUGAAUAACAUCACAUCUGAGAAAGUGGUAAAAAUUCAAAAAGCUGGAGAGGAGAUUGUAGAAGUCCACACGAAACCAAGCAAGAAGUCAUUUGUGGAGCCCUCUACAAAACCUCCCUUAGGGCCCCUCACAGAGCAUCCCAUAAAGCUUCCCACCAACCUCCCAACUCACACAUCAACGGAAUAUUCCACAGAAUCCACAACCCAACCAACUACUCAGUGCCCCACAGAGCCCCCAACUCAACCAACUUCCCAGCCAACCACUCAGACUCCUCCUGAGCCUACCUGCCUGGUUCCUGACACUUCCUGUAAUGAGACCAAGACUCAAGAAGCAGAGAAGAUGUUGGGAGCAGCCCUGACAGACUUCUCUCUGAAGCUUUAUCAUGCUUUCUCAUCAGUGAAGAAAAGAAACUCCAAUAUGGUUUUUUCCCCAUUCAGCAUUGCACAACUUCUCACCAACAUCCUACUAGGGGCUGGAAACACCACCAAGGGAAACCUGGAAGACGUUCUUUCUUACCCCAGGGACUUUGACUGUGUCCACCAAGCCCUGAAGAACCUGUCAUCCAGUGGCUUCAUCUCAGCUUCUCAGAUCUUCCACAGUCCUGACCUGACUCUAAAGAAGAACUUUGUGAAUGCCUCCCAGACCCUGUACGGCAGCCGGCCCAUGGUUCUGAGCAAUGAGAGUAGGGCCAACUUGGACUUGAUCAACUCCUGGGUGGCCAACCAGACCAAAAACAAGAUCACCAACCUCCUGAAGAGCCUACCGUCGGAGACCAGGCUCGUCCUAGUCAAUACUGUCUACCUGAAAGCCAAAUGGAAGAUGACAUUUGACCCAAAAAAAACUUCCCAGGAGACCUUUUACCCUGAAUCCUCCAAGGUGAAGGUGAAGGUGCCAAUGAUGAAAAGUGAGAAGUACCCGGUGACCCAUUUCACAGACCCCAACCUGAAAGCUGCGGUGGGUCGUCUGCAGCUCUCCAAUGACCUGAGCCUGGUGAUCCUGCUGCCCCAGCACUUGGGCGUUCAGCUUGCUGACGUCGAACAGGGCCUCAGCAGUGAGGUCUUCAGCGCCAUCUUGGAGAAGCUGGAGAAAAGCAAGAGCCAACCAACCCUGCUGAACAUGCCUCGACUCAAGGUGAACGCCAGCCAGGACCUCCUGGAGAUCUUGGAGAAGAUGGAAUUCUUUGACUUCUCCUACGAUGUCAACCUGUGUGGGCUGACUGAUGACCCGGAGAUCCAAGUGUCUGCUGCCCGUCACCAGACCAUGCUAGAGUUGAAUGAAGCAGGGGUGGAGGCAGCAGCAGCCUCUACCAUCUCACUAGCCCGCACCAUGUCCAUCUUCGAGGUGAAACAACCCUUCAUCUUCCUGCUGUGGCACCAGAAGUACAAGUUCCCCAUCUUCAUGGGGCGUGUGUAUGACCCCAGGUCCUGAGUUUUGGGGGGAGCACUGGGCAAGACCAGCUCCUGAUGCUCCAGCCUUCACCUCCACCUUCCCAGGCUGCAUAUCACCCUAGGCCAACCCAGGCCACCUUUUCCUCCCUCCUGACCUCAAGCAGCCAACUUUGGGGUCUGGCUACUACACAGUAACUCCUUUACACCUUACCAACUUCUUCACCCUUCCUUUCUGCCUUUGAGGGCCCACGUGAGCCCAGCUUUUACUAAUAAACUUAGCAGGGCAGACA